AUGGCGCCGAAAUAUGCUGGCAUGUCCGGCAGGCCCCUGUCGUUGACGGUGUCGACCAUCGCCACUAUGGGUUUCUUGCUGUUCGGUUAUGAUCAGGGUGUCAUGUCUGGUAUCAUUGACUCUUCUGCUUUCGCCAAAUUCCUUCCCAUCACCGCUGGCGACUCUGUCAUGCAGGCUCUGGUUACUGCCGUGUAUGAGUUGGGUUGCCUGGUUGGUGCUAUGUUCGCUCUGUUCACUGGUGACAGGAUGGGUCGUCGUCUCAUGAUCAUCGCUGGUGCCACCGUUAUGAUCGUUGGUGUCAUUAUCCAGGUUGCUGCCGUUGACGGCCAUGGUGCUACCGCUCAGUUCUUUGUCGGCCGUAUCAUCACUGGUAUUGGCAACGGCAUGAACACGUCGACUAUCCCUACCUAUCAGGCUGAGUGCUCUCGCAGCACCAACCGUGGUCUGCUCAUCUGUAUUGAGGGUGGUACCAUCGCCAUCGGUACUAUGAUUGCCUACUGGAUUGACUUCGGUGCCUCUUACGGUCCCGACGACCUUGUUUGGCGUUUCCCCAUUGCCUUCCAGAUUGUCUUCGGUGUUAUUAUCAUCGUUGGAAUGUGGUACCUCCCCGACUCUCCUCGUUACCUCAUCUCCAAGGGUAAGGUCCACGAGGGUGAGUAUGUCCUGGCUGCUCUUGGUGGCUACGAGAUCGACGCCCACGAGACCCAGAUCCAGAAACAGCUUGUCAUCGAGUCUAUUGAGGCUGCUGGAGUUGCCGACGGUGCUGGAUACUCUGACCUCCUGACUGGUGGCAAGACCCAGCACCUCCGCCGUAUGCUUAUCGGUUCCUCUUCCCAGAUCGCCCAGCAGCUGUCUGGUUGCAACGCUGUCAUCUACUACCUGCCCGUUCUCCUGAGACAAUCCCUGGGCGAGGAGGAGAGAAUGUCCAUGAUCAUCGGUGGUGUUAAUAUGAUCGUUUACGCCAUCUUCGCUACCUUCUCCUGGUUCUUCAUUGAGAAGAUUGGUCGCCGCAAGCUCUUCAUCGGUGGUAUGACUGGCCAGAUGGUGUCCAUGAUUAUCGUCUUCGGUUGCUUGAUCCCCGGCGGCCCCGGACCUUCCAAGGGAGCCGUCUUCGGUCUGUUCCUGUACAUUGCCUUCUUCGGUGCUUCCAUCCUGCCCCUGCCCUGGUUGUACCCAGCCGAGAUCUCGCCCCUGCGCACUCGUGCCAAGGCCAACGCCGUCUCGACCUGCUCUAACUGGCUGUUCAACUUCACUGUUGUCAUGAUCACUCCCGUCAUGGUCGCCAACAUCAAGUGGGGAACCUACCUGUUCUUCGCCGUCAUGAACGCCAUCUUCAUUCCCCCCAUGAUUCUGUUCUACCCCGAGACCGCUGGCCGCAGUCUGGAGGAGAUCGAUAUCAUCUUCGCCAAGGGCUACUGCGAGAACAUGAGCUACGUCCGCGCUGCCAAGGAACUCCCCAAGCUCACCGACGACGAGAUCGAAGCCAAGGCCAUCGAGUACGGCUUCGAGUCCAGCCGGCGCACUGGCGAUCUCGAGAAGAGUGGCGAGAAGCCUUCUCCCCGCAGCGACUCCAGCGAUGGUGUUGCCAACGGUCACCAGGAGACCUACGCCGAGCCCCGCUCUUAA